AGUAGGAGCCCAACAUGGCAGCAGCGGCGGCGGGUGUGGGGGCUGCGGGGGUCUGGGCCGCUCGCUCCUAGGGCCGCUCCGCCUCUCUCCGCUUCCCCGCGACCUCCUGCCGUCUCCACUCGCGGACAGGCAGGUGGACGGACCCCCCUCUUCCCGGGCUACUUCGGAGUUAGCUGCGCCCCGCCGCGUCCGACAUGAGGGAGAAGGGCCGCAGGAAGAAGGGCAGGACCUGGGCAGAGGCCGCCCGGACGGUCCUGGAGAAAUACCCUAAUACACCUAUGAGCCAUAAAGAGAUCCUUCAAGUCAUCCAGAAAGAAGGACUUAAGGAGAUCAGUGGGACUUCUCCUCUGGCAUGCCUGAAUGCUAUGCUCCAUACAAACUCCCGUGGGGAAGAGGGCAUUUUCUAUAAGGUCCCAGGGCGCAUGGGAGUGUACACACUGAAGAAGGAUGUUCCAGAUGGGUUGAAGGAGCUCUCUGAUGGCUCCGAGGAGAGCAGUGAUGCCCAGUCUGACUCUCAGAGCUCUGAGAACAGCAGCAGCAGCAGCAGUGAUGGAUGCAGUAAGAAAGAUGGGAAAAAAAGCAGAUGGAAAAGGAAAGUGUCAUCUAGACUGUCACAGACAUCCUCUCCUCAGUCAGGCUGCCCGUCACCUUCCAUCCAGGCAGGCAAAGUCAUCUCCUCAUCGCAGAAGCACAGCAAAAAGGCACUCAAACAGGCCUUGAAGCAGCAGCAGCAAAAGCAGCAGCAGCAGCAAUGCAGAGCAGGCAUGCCCGUCUCCACUAACCAGCACGUCCUUCUGAAGGCCGUCAAGGCAGCCAGCAACCCCACGCCUGCAAAAUCCCCUUGGGAAGGAAAGCAGUCGGAUGGACAGUCAGGAAGCCCUCAGAACUCCACCUCCAGUUCCUCUCUCUCUGUCAAGCUUGAUAACUCCUUGCCAGGGCUGGGGAAGAAACCGUUCCAGAGAUCUGACAGGCUCCAUGCAAGGCAGCUGAAGAGAGCCAAGUGUGCCGAAAUCGACGUGGAGACGCCGGACUCCAUCCUGGUGAACACGAACCUGCGGGCGCUGAUCAACAAGCACACCUUCUCCGUCCUGCCCGCCGAGUGCCAGCAGCGCCUGCUGCUGCUGCUGCCCGAGGUGGACAGGCAGGUUGGGGCAGAUGGUUUGAUGAAGCUAAGUGGCUCUGCACUCAACAAUGAGUUCUUCACCUCAGCUGCCCAGGGUUGGAAGGAGAGGUUGUCAGAAGGUGAGUUUACCCCAGAAAUGCAGCUAAGAAUACGUCAAGAAAUAGAAAAGGAAAAGAAGGUUGAGCUGUGGAAGGAGCACUUUUUUGAGAGCUAUUAUGGUCAGAGUUCUGGACUAAGUCUUGAAGAGUCGAAGAGACUGAUGGCAAACAGCGACCCUGCCGAGCCAGAGGCUGAAAAUCCAACACCUGAACAGCCAAAACGCAUGGCAGCCUCGCUCAAAGAGGAGGUGACAUCUCCCUCAGAGUCUAAAGCCCAAGCAGCCCAUGAAGCACCAACCAUGAGAAGAGGGGGAGAGGACCAAAGAGAGGACGUGCAGCCAAAAGCAGCCAAACCUGCAGAGGCCGCAGUUUCCCCGGUGAAACCCAGUGAGCAUUCACUGCCUACAAGAGAGAAGGUCCAAGGAGAGCCUGUUCAAGAGAAACCAGAAACUGCUGCUGGUCAGAAGCCUGAGGAAGAGAGAAAGCACACUGCUUCCACGGAGGUGCUCGUGAAAGGGACUGUCAGUACCUCAGUCCUGGCCCCAAGUAAACCGAAGAGCCUUGAAGCAGGAGAAGUGGUAGCAAGCGUGAAAAGUCCAGUGAAGACUCCAGAAGUGCCCGACAAGAAGGCCCCUGUGAAUGAGGAGAUGGAGGUCAGCAUCGAAGCCCAUAAGCGGAAGCUGGAGAGCCGUGAGGAAGCUGUCACCGCGCCCGAGAAGAAGCCGCGCAUGGUGGAGACCUGCCAGCAGCACCAGCAGGCCUUUCGCAGCCAGCCACAGUCCUUUCCCGCGGCAGGCACCCCCGUGCCACGGGUACCCCCGCUCAAGAUUCCCGUCUCCAGAAUCUCCCCAAUGCCAUUUCCUGCGGGCCAGGUCUCUCCCAGGGUACGUUUCCCACUCUCACUUACCAGUCCAGGAAGAACAGGAGCCAGAACUCUGGCAGACAUCAAGGCAAAAGCCCAGCAAGCCAAGGCUCAGAGAGCCGCAGCAGCCGCCGCUGCCGCCGCCGCUGCCGCCGCCGCCUCCAGUGGGGGAGCUGUCCCGGGGCCUGGACCGGGCGGUGGUGGGGCCCCACCGGGAGGUGGAGGAGAGAAAAGUAAUGCAACAGCAGCUGGAACCAACGCAACUGGAGCCGGAGGAAAUGCACUGGAACUGGCAGGAACUGGAAGCGGGGGAAGUGCGAGAAGGUUUCUUCCCCGUUGUCCAGGGAGCCACAGCCAAAUGGAGAACCAGGCCACAGAGCAGGCACCACCUCACAAUCCUUCUAGAGCACAACUACAGCAGACUCCCACACUGCAGUCCAGAGCUCCGGCCAGCAAUACAGGCACCAGCCCCUCCUCAUCCGCGGCAGCGGCACUAGAGAAAGGCAGCAGGUUGAAGCAGAGCCCUCCCAGUGCGACUGCCAGUCAGCCUCCAGGCUCCCAGUACGCUGGCAGCAAAGACCAACAAGAGAAAGCACCUUCUGCUCCAGCAGGGCCAGGCCAGGCCUGUGGGGCACCAGCUGUCAGGGAGGGAACAGCCUGUGUCACGGUAUCCACAGCAGAUCCCAGCACAAACCUAACUAAGGUAGCACCUACAGCCUUAGGAGGAACCAGCUUAGAUGUUUCAAAAAGCAAAUCUUCUUCCCCUCCAAUGUCUUUGCUAACAUCCAUGAGCUCAGAAGGCCAGGCUGGAGGUGUGGUCCCCUCUGCUACAUCCGUCCCACCCUCUCACACUUCAUCAGCAGUGCCUAGCCUUAAAACUCAUCCAAGUUCAAGUGCAGCCCUCCCAAAACCAAGCUCCAGUAUUCCUGCUAACAACCCUUUGGUCACCCAACUUCUUCAAGGCAAGAACGUCCCUCUGGAGCAAAUCCUGCCGAAGCCUCUCACCAAAGCAGCAAUGAAAACUGUCUCGCUAGCUCCUCAUGAAGAAAAAGGGGUGGCAGCAGCGUCCAGUGCUACAAGCGUAGCAGGGAACAGCACUGGAGCUGAGGGUGCUGAAAGACAAUCCAGCUUACCCACGCCACAGACGGGGAAGAUCUUUUGCCAGAACAGGCCUCUGCCUCAGGUUCAAAGGACCUUUCCACUCCCCUCGGGAAAGGAGCCCAGUCUUGAGCAGCAGCAGCAGUGCCACGAGGCACUGAGCAAGACAACUCAAGAACAGAUUCUUCAGACUCUUAUCAAGAGAGUCCAGAGGCAGAAUUUGUUGCCAGUCCUUCAGCCUUCACAGCUGAAUCUCCCUCACUCAGGCUUCCCGUUAGAAAACAGCUCCAACAGCCAGAGAUUUAUGCUGGGCUUCAUGGGCAGAAGGACAUCCAAGCCUGCUAUGUCUGGGCAUUACCUGCUCAAUAUUUCCACCUAUGGUCGUGGCUCAGAGAGUUUGAGGAGAGGCUUCUCCUUGAACCCUGAAAACCGCCUGUGUCUGAACAGUCCUGCUGAUGAUGCUCUGAAACCAGAACGUGGGGAAUGUGAGGAGGCAGCUGGCCUUGGCAGCAGCAGCAGCAGCGAGGAAGGGGACGCGGAUGACGAGAGCACUGGUGACGAACAGGAUGCUGUCAGCGUAAAAGAGGAGCCCCAGGCUUCGCAGGCUUCUGCUCAGUGUGAGAAAGAACAGGUAUCACACAGCAGGAACUCUCCAGAUGACGGCACCCUUGCUCAGAGGGGCGCGAAGGCGGCAGCAGCCGCGCCGCAGCAAGCGGCCGCCAGCAAGGAGAACGUUCAGGCCUUUGACGGGACCGCGCUAGCUCGAGACUUCCUUCAGGCCGCCCAAGAGCAGGUGGCACACGCCAUGAGGGGCAAAAUGCACGGCAGUCCAGAGCUUUUCAGUCCUUCUGCACCCUCCUCGGACUCUGGGCAGCAGCAGCCCCCGCGGCUCUCUCCUCCGCACCCUCCAAAGCUGUCUGGAAGCGCUGCCCCGCAGCUCAUGGGGCCUAGUUACAGCGGCACCAUCAAUGUCUCCACCUCCCCGGACGUGAACCAAGGGACUCUUAUGACUGGGCUGUCUGAGUGCAAUCAGUUGUCCAGUAGCAUGGGGAACGUCAUGUCCUUCUCUGUGACUGUCACCACCAUUCCCACCAGCCAAGCUAUGAACUCUGGCAACCACAGUCAGUCCAUCCCCGUUCAAGCCUUCGCUGAAGACAGCAGCAUGGAGGAUUCCCCUUCCAAAUGUUACUGCAGGUUGAAAGCCAUGAUCAUGUGCAAGGGCUGCGGUGCCUUCUGCCAUGACGAUUGCAUUGGCCCCUCUAAGCUCUGUGUCUCCUGCCUCGUUGUGCGGUAACCGGGACGGGAAGUGGGGAAGAGGAUGGCUUUGCUUUAGGAAUUACCUUGGGAAGAAACAGGAAAUUUACUGCCUUGCACAAGAGACACGUUACAGAAUCAGGAAUACAGAGUAGAGUUCUUCUUUCAUUACAGAAAGAGCACCUUCUUGUACAGUGAGUCUAAACUCAGCUCAACUACGUGAAUUGUGACAAGAGUUUGCACUUAAGGAAUUAUGUAAAUACUUCACAUUAUUUUGGUUAAAAAUAUUUUUUCAAUCUUUUAGGAGGUAGUGUUUGACUUGUAAUGCAGCUUCAUUAACCCCUUCCUGCUCUUCAGCACAUUUGCUGAGCUCUGCUCUAGAUGGGGGUGAGGAACAAACCCCUGGCAAAAACCUUAGCCUGGUGUCAGUCUUCUCUGGCCAGAGAGAAGAAGUGGAUAAUCAAGCAGCUAAACGUUUGUAGUGGCUGGCAAUGGAGUGGAAAGCCCUGACUGGGUUCGCUGCCUUGCUCAGAAGUUUGGCUCAGAUUGUUCAGAACUGGGAGGCCACAGCACCAGGCUUUCAGGCUGGUGCCUUGGCCUUAUGAUCAGGGCGCUUCCAGAAGGAAUUCUGGGUUGUGCAGCAUGGGCUGGUAGUUUUAAUUUGCACAUCAAGGAGGCAGCUGCAGUGGCCUGGUUUGGGGGUCUUGGUCUGCUCGUGGUGAAUGGUGUAAAAGGCAGCUGUGCUGACCGUAGGAUUCGGGACUCUAAAUCACUAAAGCAACUCGGUAACCUUGAUUCUCAGUGACCCCAGGAACCAUUUAAAGCAGAGGUCACAAAUAUGUGCUGAACCACAUUUCAUGUCUGGACUGUCAGGAAUCUGCUUUCUUAGGCGUUUUGAGCGAGCUGGAAGGUGCCAUCCGCGAUCACCAUCCACUGUCACAGCACAUGAUGGGAGUGAAGCGCGCUCAGCGUCACCCUCAGUCCUGCUGUUCCCUUAACUGUGCUCAUUCCAGCCCCUGCAGCAGCCAGAACCUCUCGGAGCGAUGUAGAUACUUAGCUAAGCAUAGGGAAAGGAACGCAGGUGUCUUGCUGGGCCUCGCUGGGGCCGCUCUUUGUGUUUUAAAAUACCAAAUCAGGCUGGACUCAGCUUGGGUUUUGCCCAGUUGAGGGCUGGGGAAGACUGGAAGAGGGUGCGUGGGACUUGUAGCUGGUGGUGGGACAGAGUGAGUGCUACUGAUCCUCCCUUCGGGUGUUCACAAGUGCAUUCACUUGUUAAUGAAAGCAGCUGCCAAGUGGCACUCUGCUGUCCCAGAGAGGAUGCGAGGUACCAGGCUGGCUAACGAAGCACAGGCUGAGCUGCGUUUCCGUGGCUCACCACACGUCCACAUCACAUUCACGGUCUGUCCAUUGUUUCUCUUCUGAAACAGAGUCUCGGAGUCACCAGUCACCUCCGGUCCCAUGUCGUUGCUGUUGGGGGUGGGUGGGGGCCAUACUGCAUCAUGGUCAGGGAACAGCUCUAUGUAUCUUUUUGAUGGAAAAGCACUGAAUUCACUUUUAAUCCAAAGGCCUUUUUAAGAUGAAGCAAUAUUAACAGAACAGGUGGGACAGCUGUUUGGUGAGCUGGGGGUCCUCAGCCUUUCUCCUCUCCCUUUGACUGUGCUACUGCUUUCCCUUGCCCUCUCCCUCACCCCAGAACCUGGCAGAGCUCAGGAAGGAUUGCCUGUGAAGCAGUGUGUUUUACCAAGGGGCAGGUGACGAUUUGUUUGGUUACCGUGAAGAAAAGAGAGUCACAGACUUCAUCCAUCAUAGCAGAAACGUUUCCUUCCCUGCCCAGCAGAGCACAGUGUCUUACAGAGCAGGAUUCAUGGGUGUGAGUUAACCAGAGCUGUGGCUUGGUCUCCAUUUGGCUCAUCUUAAAUUCACUGGUGACCUGUGACUUCUUCUUCUUGUCUGCAUAUCACUGCUCUGACAGCCAGGGAGGAGAGGACUGAAGUGUUAGAAGUAAACCCCAUUUUUUAAUUUACACCUGAAAUCUCAAGCCCCCCACAAAAAUUCCUUUCAAUUUUUCCAUCAUGCUGCACAUGGUGAGGGGUUGUAGCCCAAGACACACCUCCUGGUCUGUGCACCUUCUCUCUGCCCCCUGCGUGUGUGGCUGAACACCAAACAUGGGCUGGCCUCUCCAGUGGUGCCCCCAGGUGCUGUAACUGAGAUAAUCUGGUUCCCUGGCUUGUCUUCUCCAUCAGCACUGAUCUGGACAGCAGCCCAUCGCUGCCAGCCUCUAUCUCCAGUGCUCUCAGAGGAAUUCCUGCCCAUUUUUUACAGCCUAGGCUGUGGUGUGAAAUGGUUUCAAGCUGCAUGCCCUGGGGAGCCCAGUACUGAGAUCAGAGUCUGUCCACUUCUGAUUAGCUCAAGAUUUUUCUGGAUGUGAGAGAAGUGACAGCAGUGCAAUCCUCAGACACUCAGGCCUCUCCAAAGCAGGUCUCCCAGAAUAAUCCACUUUAGAGAUUGUUGCUCAUUACAAAACAAACUGGAAAAGUAAUUUACUGCCCCAAAUAAGAGCAGGGAGGUUUUGCAGGCAUAAUUGGAUUGAUUCUGUUCACACCUUUACUUUCACCAGUGAAAUUUUUCUAGCCUGACAAGAGUGCUUAGGAAGAUGAUGAGGGAGCAGCAGGCUGUGGGCUUUUCAACCUGCUACAGCUGCCCCUUGGACAGGCUGCUCCAUUGCUUCUCUUGGCAUCUUCUAGAGCAGUCCCCAGCCCUUGCUGUGGUCUCAGCUGGUUCCUCCUUUUGAGUCUUACAGCUCUGUAGUGCAUGGGUUUGGUUUUCUGUGCCACAGGCACCUCUUGAGCGUCUGCUUUGGCAGAGCAGGAAGCUGCUGCUCCAUGCAUGGCCCUGCAGGAACACACCUGCUUGGCCCAUCGCUGUCCCAGGCUGGGAUGUGUACUGACCACGAGGAUCUUGGUGUCUCCAGGCUCGUUGGGGACAAUGUAGACAUCUUGCAUCACAAUUUGGAAGUUUACAACUCUGUUCAGUGCCUUAGUUGUAUUUUAACAGCUCAGCACUUUUCUUGGGCUACUUUUCUGCUAUUUCUUUGUUAAAGAAAAUAAAUUCUUUUAACUGCAUGUCUUUGGUUUUAACAGAAGCUCUGAGCUAUGAGGUGCAGCUCGAUGGAACAGCCUCCAGAGGGUAUUAAUUAGUUAGGAAAUCGUUAGGAAUGACAGGGCUCAGUGUGAUAAUCGCUCUAAGUUCGGGUGAAGUAAAACCUUGAAAGCUUUGCACGUUGUACAGUGCUGAUUAUGGCACAAAGGACUUUAGAAGGGGGAAAGCCUGCAGCCUGGAUAGAAAGUGGCAUCAGCCUUCUGCUGCCUGCUACUGAGGCUCCUCCCAGCAGUCUCCACUCUUCCUAUCAUCCCACCUUCCUGCUGUUCCUUCCAGCAAGGUGGUAAAACCUGCUUCACACUGGAUUUAUGAGUAUGCUGCGGCAUAAAGUGCUAGACCUUGGUUCUCUGGGUAGUAAAUCAACAGCGCUAUAGUAAAUGCUGGUAGCAAAGAAAAUCUUAGAGGUGAUGGUUUCAGAGCUGAACAUCAAACCAUAUUUAUAGGAGUAAAACCAACUGGAGUAAGGAAAUACACUCAGCUUUCAUUUUUUCCCUUCAGGCCACAUCCUGCAGUGAAAAGAAGGUACUCAGUCUGAUCCAGAGAAUUUUAGCCUUCCAGUACAAAACCUCCCAGGUUUGAGUUGUAGAGGAACAGGUCAGUGCAGGGUUUGAGACAGGUUGGUAGUGUGAGUUUUGAUUGGCCCUUCUUAAAUUGAAAGGAAAGACCAAAAUAUUCAACAGUCAGUGCUGGUCAGUGGAGUUGUGGCUGUUAUAGUGGUAGGAAGUAGCUCAUGGGACAGCAAGUUGCUGGUCAAGCCAUUAGCAGGCAAGAAGGUAUCCUCAGGUUGUUACUUCUGAUGGGUGAAGUUCAUGCUGCUACAGGAGCAGCUUGCACACCCGUCCUGGGGAUGGAUCCUACCUGGCAUGCAAGCAGGGGUGGGUUUGGAACAGGACUUGGGCUUCUCUUCUUUGGGGAGGGGCUCAAUAUUAUGGGUCACUUGAACCACACAAGUGUGGUGGGCCACCAGGAGGGUGAGGAGCACCAGCCCUACCUAGGAAUCUUUCCAUCUUCUCCAGAGGUGCUCAGUCUUCAUCGUGGCAGUGGUGUGAGAGGCUUAUGGUAGGGCUGGAGCAGAAGUCGCCACCACUGUGGUGGCAGGCUGUGCUUGGAGCACCAUGGCUUGGAGCAGUUGUGCUAGCUUGAGUCUAGCUGGGAUAUUUUAGUGAGAGGAAUUAUAGUCAGGGUAAUUUUCUUAAGUGUGGGGGGCAGGUAACACCCAAACCACCACAGCAGUGAAACAGGCUGAGGUGUUUUCCAUUGAAAGGCCAACAGCUCCUUCACUGGAAUG